AUGGCAACUAGUGAGCUCCACGAGAAAGUACCUUUACAGGAAAGCGCCGGCAACGACAGGCUGGGCCAGCAAUAUGGAGGUGGUCAUACGGGUAAAUGGGUUAGUCGCCUGCCGCCAUCGGUGAUUCCAUACAUACAAUUGGCUCGGCUUAGCCCCCCCGUUGGGCUUAUCCUCAUCUAUAUUCCGCAUUUCCUUGGUAUUCUCCACUCGGCCAUCCUGCAGCAGGGCUCAAGUCCCGCAGCCCUAUGGACUGCCGCUGUCCUACUGCUUGGGGGCAGUUUGUUCUGUUCCAAUGGCGCACAUAGUUGGAAUGAUUUGAUCGAUACCUCUGUCGACAAGUUAGUUGCUCGCACUCGCAAUCGUCCUAUUGCUCGAGGUGCGAUCUCACCCCGAGCUGCCUUCAUUUUCACUGCGACGCAAGCCGUUAGCGCUGCAGUAUUCCUUCUCGGCUUUCCAAAGCAGAAGGUCGCAGCCUAUUGGGCAGUACCAAAUAUCGUCGCUACGAUAUACUACCCCUACGCGAAACGUCAUACCUAUUUCGCUCAGUUUGUGCUGGGAUUCUGUCUUUCGUGGGGGGUUUUCAUGGGUGCUUUAGCAAUGGACGCGGAUCCUCUAGAGAAUUAUUCAACUGCGUUCCUGUUCCUUGCAUGCAUCCUUUGGACGGUUAUCUACGACACGAUAUACGCACAUCAGGAUGUUAAGGAUGACACCAAAAUCAACCUAAAGAGUAUGGCAGUCUUAUGCGGGAAUAAGACAAAGCACUUACUCUGGGUCCUUUUGAGCGGCAUGCUGGGUCUGCUUUCUGCAAGUGGUUACCUAGCCCAGAUGGGACCCUGGUAUUAUAUCCUAGCGGUUGGGGGCUGCUUUGCGUCCCUGGGAACAAUGAUCUUGAAUGUGGAUCUCGGGGAUUCGUUAAGUUGCUGGUUGUGGUUCAGAUAUGGAUUCUGGCUUGCCGGGGGGUCAAUGACAAUUGGGUUACUUUCGGAAUACCUACUAAGAUUGUAA